ACUCCUUGUUUGUUUAAUAUAUACACCCAAAAGAAAUGGUGUUUUGGUCCUUUCCACCGACCUCUAAGCAACUCAAAUUCACUCUCUCCGGCGUCGUCGCCGGCGUUACUCUCAUUGCCGCCGGUGCAUAUCUUUCCUUUUCCAACAUUGCCCCUCAACAAGCUCGAGCUAAGGCCCGAAAAGAUUACAUCAAAGCUCGACUCAAACAGCUUGUACAAGAUUAAAAUCAACUUCACUGUUUACUACUUGUAAAGAAUUUGAUUUAGCGUGUGCAAAUUUGAGCUUUUUGUCAGAUUAUUUUGCUUGCUCUUGCUCUUGGAGAUUAUGCUUGCAUUUUGGCUCUUCAAUUGAACUUUCUACGUUUCAUCAGCAAAUGGUUCAUGUUUAUGCAGUGUAUCCAGUACUAUAUUGUGGAAGCAAAUGCUGCCUUGUCUGCGGCAGCUAUCAUUAACAGCAACAGCUAACUGCUCAUCUCCAUCUUUGGAAGGUAUGUUUAUGAAUUUAGAUGCAGUGGAAGUACAAAAAGGGGCCAAUUACACCUUGGCCAGGUGGCGUAGCUGAUGAUAACAUAGCAAGUUCCCAACCUUCACCUACCGUUAACCUAUCACGAGCAUAUACCCUUGCAGUGAAAACUUCUUCUUACGGCGAGAUAUGGUCCAAGGUCCACCAUGAGGUCCCUUCUGACCUUAGUGUGGAGGUAGCACAAGUUGAGUUCCAGGAGGAGCCGCUGCAACUAGAAGAUAUCCUUAAACCAAAUCAUGAGUGUGUUGAAGAGGCACUUUUGCAUAUAAAACCAGAAGCCCUAAACCAACUUAUCGCUAAGUACUUGGAUGACAGUGAGCAAACCGCUCGUCUCUGUAUCAGUUUCUCUCAAAGUGUAAACCAAGCUCGACGUUUGUAUGCUCCCAUUUGUAGGCUGCUCGAUGUCCUUCCCCAGGAAAUGGAGUCUACUGGACAUUCCCUUUCGCAAGCUCAAUGCAAUUGGGCAUUUGACAUCUUCCUCCAAUUUGACAGUCUCAACAAUCCCUUUCCUAUACAUGACACCCAUAACUUCAAUGAUAUGCGUCAUUGUUACUUAGAGCUAAAGCGUGAGCUUGACCUUCUUUUACAAAAGUCACGUUCAAAGGUCCAACUUCUCCGUCAUUCUACCAAAGGCUCAGUCGUAUGUUUAGUUGCAGCUACUGUUGGAGUGGUCAUAACAGCUGUAGUUAUAGCUUCUCAUGCUUUUGUCGCCCUUGUAGCAGCCCCGGCAUGCACUGCUUGCAUCCCUUCAAAAAUGGCAAAAAAAGAACUGGUCCAUCUGGCGCAAUUGGAUGUUGCAACAAAGGGUAUCUUUUUCCUCCACAAUCACUUAGAAACAGUAAAUUGUUUGGUGGGCCGAUUAUAUGAUGCAGUGGAGUUCUACAAGCGUCUUGUUCGCUUUGCACUAGAGAGAGGAAAAGACCGAUACCCUAUCCAGGAGGUAGUGAAGCAACUUCACAGGAAACAUAGCAAUUUUUUGGAAGAGCUUCUGGGACUUGAGGAGCAUUUGUGCCUAUGUUUUGCUGCAAUAAAUAAGGCCAGAGGCCAUCUUCUCAACUAUCUCCUUCAUCAAAAUCAGGAUCCUGGAUAAUUAUAUUUGUAAGAAAUCCUUCAUUUGUUUUAGGUACCUUUUUUUGUUUUCUCCUCUAGAUAUCUAAUUAUUUCUGGCAUAUUUAACUUGCUUUUUUGAAUUUUUAUCUGUGCUAAAUGAACCCAUCAAUGGCAAACCAAAAUGUGAUAUGUUGACUCUUUGAAGCUCAUUUUGUCGAAAACAUCAA